AUGAGCUUCCAGGACCACGGGCUCGGCUUCCACCAGGUGAUCACCGACGGCGGCUGCGGCGGCGGCGCCGGCCCGGCCACGGCCGCGCCGCCGUGGUGGGCCGCCGCUCACCAGGGGUGCGCUGCGGCUAGGUUUCCGCGAUCACCUUGUCCUCAGGCGAUCCCAGACCCUCGGAGGCACGAGCUGAGAUUCCACGAGCCUCCCGGGGCAGACGCCAUGGCCGCCGCGCACCCGGAGCUGCUGCACAAGUACCACCAUGGCCGUUUCGAGCUCGGCAUUGGGCAAUCCAUGGUGUUUAACAACAACGCCAUUGCUGACCAUCAGAGUUAUGGCGCUGCGUACUAUCCCUUCUACGGAGCCCAAGCUUUGCACGGGAGGGUGCUCCUGCCGCCAGCGAUCGCGGCCGAGGAGCCGGUGUACGUGAACGCCAAGCAAUUCAACGGCAUCCUCCGGCGGCGCCUGGCGCGCGCCAAGCUUAUGGCCGCCAGGGACCGCCGGGUCUCCGGGAACCGCAAGACAUACCUGCACGAGUCACGGCACCUGCACGCGCUGCGCCGGGCGCGGGGCACAGGCGGCCGCUUCCUCAACACCCGGAGCCUUGACAGCAACCCGCACAAGCCGCCGCCCGAGGGCAGCGCUGCCAGCACGGCGAAGGCGGCGGCGAGGCUGCAGCAGCAGGAGCGGCAGGCGGACGCCUUGUUCCUCUCGUCGCUGGUGAACAUGGCGGGCGGCGACGGCGACGGCGGCGAGGCCACCAAGUGGUCCGGCGGCGCGCCGUCGCUGGGCUGCUGCGACCUGCUCAAGGCGUGA